AUGAAGAUGAAUGGUACAAGUAUGGGAUCGUCAUCGUCGAAAAGAAGAAGGUUAAGUAGAGGACUUGGAGGAGUUCUUAAAGAACAAAGAAGUAGACUUUACAUCAUCAAAAGAUGUGUUGUUAUGCUUUUAUGCUGGCAUGAUCAAUGAUCGUGGUCUUACCCGGAAAAUAUCGAUCGGUCGAUCAUCACCGGUAACCUUUGCGAUUUUAUUAAGAGGAUCAAAUUUCUCUUGUGAGUGUAAAUAUCAGGCGAAAAUUUGUACUUUGUAGCUCUCUUUUUCUUUUUUUUUUUGUGGUGAAGUUUUACUCGUUGUAAACGCUGUUUCUUGGACGCGUUACCCUUUCACAAAUAGGUAGAUUCAUAGGUAUAUGGAGUUUUUUAGUUCACAACAUAAAUGAAAUGAUCGUUUUUGCUUGAAAUAAGUAGUCUUCCAC